UAAGCUUCGGUUCCGAACCUUUUAGGCUCGUCAUUCUUGCCUAUAAAUAGUAGGCCAAUCUUUUCAUUUCAAAGAUAAGAUUUCAUACGUGUACGAGUCGUUCCUUUAGUUGAAAAAAGAUAUUUUUCUCUUCAAAAGACAUCUUCAGGCAUAAAUUUAGAGAAAGGAGAAUGGCGUUAGUUUCUGGAGGAAGGUCGACACUGAAUCCGAAUGCACCUCUCUUCAUCCCAUCUUAUGUGCGUCAAGUGGAGGACUUUUCACCCGAAUGGUGGAAUUUGGUAACGACUGCAACAUGGUUCCGCGACUAUUGGACGAGCCAGCAUGAGGGAGAGGAAUUUGGCGACGAUGAUCUUGGGUUUGCAGGAAAUGAUGUUGCUGACUUGCUUCCCGAAAAUAUUGAUCUUGAUGUUGAUGAGGAUAUUUUGAACAUGGAAGCUCAGUUUGAAGAAUUUCUUCAGUCAUCCGAAAGUGGGCAACAAGGAAUCAAGUCAUCGCUCUCUGGUGUCAAUGGCUUACCUAAGGGUUCUGAGGCACUCAUAAGGACACUGAGCAUGCCAAAACCAAAAUCUCCUAUCGAGCCUCCAAAGUACUUCGAGAAGCCAGCAAAGAUCGUUAGCCCAAAGAACAGCCUUCGCCGCAUCCAGCAGCCUCGUUGAAUUCUAGUUUAGCUUAAGCAAAAAUAACUCUUGGUUUGUAGUUUGGAUAUGUCAGUUCUUAGUUUGCAGCUUUUGAUCUUCACAAAAGCUGAGCAGUUGAGAGUCUCCGAGAGUCUUUAGUUCUUGCUAUCUUUUGUAUAGAGCAAGGUAGGUGGCACUUUUGUAUCUAGCCUUGUUCAUAGUUUUAGUGUAUCCUUACAUCAGUUUCUUUGACUUGUAAACAGCAAAACUUGUUUAAAUUGAAAAGGAAAAAAAAAUGUAAAAAUCAGUUGACAAAAAGUUGAAAAAAGCAUGUCUUUCAGCUUCA